CUGAACAACAUCGUCAAGUGCCAGGCGCUGAGCGACGAGCACGUCCAGUUCCUGGUGUACCAGCUGCUGCGCGGGCUGAAGUACAUCCACUCGGCCGGGAUCAUCCACCGGGACCUGAAGCCCAGCAACGUGGCCGUGAACGAGGACUGCGAGCUCAGGAUCCUGGACUUCGGGCUGGCACGCCAGGCUGACGAGGAGAUGACGGGCUACGUGGCCACGCGCUGGUAUCGGGCCCCUGAGAUCAUGCUCAACUGGAUGCACUACAACCAGACAGUGGACAUCUGGUCUGUGGGCUGCAUCAUGGCUGAGCUGCUUCAGGGAAAGGCUCUCUUCCCAGGAAACGACUACAUUGACCAGCUGAAGCGCAUCAUGGAGGUGGUGGGCACACCCAGCCCUGAGGUUCUGGCGAAGAUAUCCUCAGAACAUGCCCGGACAUACAUCCAGUCCCUGCCCCCCAUGCCCCAGAAGGACCUCAGCAGCGUCUUCCGCGGAGCCAACCCCUUGGCCAUAGACCUCCUUGGAAAGAUGCUGGUGCUGGACAGUGACCAGAGGGUCAGUGCCGCCGAGGCCCUGGCCCACGCCUACUUCAGCCAGUAUCACGACCCGGAUGAUGAGCCUGAGGCCGAGCCCUAUGAUGAAAGUGUUGAGGCCAAGGAGCGCACAGUGGAAGAGUGGAAGGAGCUCACCUACCAGGAAGUCCUCAGCUUCAAGCCCCUGGAGCCGCCGAAGCCGCCUGGCAGCCUGGAGAUCGAGCAGUGAGGGUGCCCAGUGGCCACCUGCAUGCCUGUGGAAGGGCCUGAGCCUGCACCCUUCUUCCUCGAGUGGCGCACCCGCACCCCAUGGCCAGACAGCCCCUAUCGCGGCCCGGGACCUCUUGUCUUAAGGAGGGUGCCCACACAGUGGAAUGCACAACCAUGUGCACGUGUGCUUGCCGUGUGUAGGAGUCUGGGCGCAAGUAUCCCUGGGCCUGCCUUGGCCCUCCUACCUGCUCCUGGCCACUGGGUUCUCCCUUGGGACCUCAGUGUAGGAAACUGGAUGCCACCAGGGCCCCCUGAGGAGGGUCUGUCUCCAGAUCUCUUCUAUCUCAGAGGGCUGUCGGGGAGACGGCACAGGGGCCAGAGCCCCCAGAGACUCGAAGGGAGGGGCCCAGUGCUUACAGCUUGCUCAGCCUGGAAGUGGGGGCUGCCCGGUCAUUGUGAAGACCCAUAGGGCUAAGAGCUGAGACAGGGCAGGCUCUUCCCUGGGGGUGGCAGGGUGGGGACAGACACUAGGUGUCAAUGAGGUGAGUUGCCUGGAGCCCGUUUGCCCGCAGUGUGGGCAUGUGAACAUGUGCGUGCACUCCCAGUACUCACGUGUCAGGGCAUGUGCAGGUGCAUGUGAGUGUGUGGGUGCUCAGGGCCUGCAGAAGUGUCUGGCAGGACGCCUGAGUUGGGGUGGGCACACUGUGGCCUUCCCCCAUCAGUGCCUGAUGCCACAAGGGGUGCUGAGACCAGGAUGGGCUGCAGUGGCCAAGGGGCACCCACAUGAGCAAAGCUGGACUUUCUCUUUGGAUGUGGGAGCUACGGCAGGGCUCUGAGACAGGAGGACAUCUGCGAGCUGGGGGACAGGAGGGGCUGCAGCAUUGAGGACUCUGAGGCCGGCAGCACUCACGCAUGUGGACUUGGACUUGAAUACUCCGCCCCUGCACCUCGCCUGCUCUCUACCUCUGCACAGUGGCGUGGCCCUGCAGCCGGAGGUCUGAGGCGCACUGGUCUGCAGGUCAGCCCUCAUCUUCCCUUCUCCCAGAACGGAGCUAGUGACCUCUGGGACAGGACCCUGCUCAGAGACAUCAGAGGAUGCCUCCUCUGGGAAGGUGGUGACCUCUUGCCUCCAGGGACCCAGGGAGGCCUGGGUGUCAAGUGCCUGCACCAGGGGUGCACAAUAAAGAGGGUUCACUCAUGCUCCGUCCGCA